ACAAGGAGGGUGGCAGGGGGCACUCACUAAACAACACACACCAGACAGCACUUUCAGAGAGAGAGAGAGACAGAGAGGUAGACAGAGAGAGAGAGUGCAAGGGAGAAAUCUGCCUCGAACAGAACAUUGAGUCUAAACUGAUUGCAUGAAAGUUGGACCUUUAAUGAACUUAGAUAUUGAGCGUUCAAUCCAAUAACCUUGGAGAGGAAGAGUCUGAUUUGACUUUAUGUUUCAGAGGAAGUUGGACUGACAAACACAGAAAGUCCACGGAACCAUGGACGAUGUAUCACUCCGCCAGGAGGAUUCUGGGAAAGACGCAACAGCCAACCAGACGGAGGACAACAAAAACAAUCAGACAGAGAGAGAGGCUUCAGUGCAGGAGUGUGACCCCCCUAAGAGAGACCACCUGGCGGAGGACACAGUGGAAGGUCAUGUGGUUAAGUCUGGGGCUAAUACGAAGAAAGCGCCGGAACAGGCAGCAGGGGCUAGCAUUGGAAAUGUAGAGGAGUCUCAGCCAGUAACCGACGCCAUUGAGGUUAAUGGUGAAGUGGCUUGUAAGGGUGAGGGAACAUCUCAAGGUGCAGACACCGGAGAAACAGAAGACUCCAAAGUGGUGAACGGAGAGAAGAAGGGGGAGGGAGAGAAGGAGGAGGACAAGAAUAGAAAGGGUCAAGAGGUGGUCAAGAAAGGAGAGAUUGAGAAAGAGGAUGUGAAGGAGGACAAAGAGAAGGGGGGAGAAAAUAUUGCCAGGAAAAAGGGGAAGGGGGAAAAGAUAGGAGAGGGAAAAACAGAAGAGAAGAUAAAAGGAGAUAAAGGGAAAGAUAGAAAAGUGAAGGCAGGGAAGGGAGAGGGAGAGAAGAGAGAGGGAGAGAAGGGAGAGAAGAGAGAGGGAGAGAAGGGAGAGAAGGGAGAGGGAGAGAAGGGAGAGGCAGGGAAGGGAGGGGGAGAGAAGGGAGAGGCAGGGAAGGGAGAGGGAGAGAAGGGAGAGGCAGGGAAGGGAGAGGAAAGGAAGGGAGAGGGAGAGGGAGGGAAUGGAGAGGGAGGGAAGGGAGAGGGAGAGGGAGAGAAGGGAGAGAGAGAGGGAGGGAAGGGAGAGGGAGGGAAGGGAGGGAAGGGAGAGGGAGAGAAGGGAGAGAGAGAGGGAGGGAAGGGAGAGGGAGGGAAGGCACCGGAGAACAAGAGCAAACCAGUAAAAGAAAAGGAAGGGGCAGGAGGGGGAAAGGUUAAAGAGAAAAGCAAGGAGGUGGAGAAGCAAGGAAAGACCAAAAGAAAGAGUGGCGUGAAUCACACCGCCUCUACCCCAUCCUCUGUGGCCCGACCCCGGAGCUCUGCCCGCUCUGCCCGGCCUUCCACUAAAAAGGACAUCAUAGCAAAGUUCCAGAAAAAUGACUCUGAGACACCGGUUGUCUGCAACUUCAAACUUCAGAGAUCAUCUAUGGCUGUGGCAAACGGGGGGUCAAUCAAACAGAAAGUGCUUUCCUGGUGUCAAAACAAAACACGCAAGUACGAGGGUGUUUCCAUAGACAACUUCUCAUCAUCGUGGUGUGAUGGGCUGGCGUUCUGUGCACUCAUCCAUCGCUUCUUCCCGGACGCUUUCGACUUCUCAGCCCUGAGCUCAUCUGAGAGAGAGAAGAAUUUCACCCUGGCCUUCAAUACAGCAGAGACCAUGGCUGACUGCUGCCCCCUGUUGGAGGUUGGUGAUAUGAUACUGAUGGGGAACAGCCCGGACCCUAUGUGUGUGUUCACCUAUGUCCAGGCACUCUGCCAUCACCUCUCCAAAAUAGAGAAGGAGAGGAAGGACAAAGAGGAAGAGGAGAAGAAGAGUGAAAAGAUGAAAGACGAAGAGGUAGAAACCACUGCAGAGAAGAAAGAGGAGGAGAGUGAGGAAACUGGGAAGAUAGAUGGUCAACAAGAGGAGGGAGAUGAGGGAAGGGAGAACGAAGUAAAAGACGGGAAAGAGAAUGAGAGUGAGGAGAGCUCAGCGGUAGAGAGAGAGAGCAAGAGGGAAGAGAAGUUAGAGGGUUAAUUGAAGCACAGGCUUAAGCUAAUGCUAAAGACAUGGGAAAGAGAUUCAAAUAAGCCACAUGAUGAAGUAUAGUUUUAUAGUUUGGAACACGACAAGUGUUUAGCAUGUAUGAGCAUAACUUCUUGAAGAGUGACACAUUACUACUGUAUAUUCAAAAGCUGGCUUUGUUAAGGUUUGGAAUUAUAUUCAGAUUCCAACAAUGUGUGUAAAUUGUAACCGGUUGUGACUUUUUAAACCCAUAUUUAACACAUGCUGUGUUCUUUCCAAUUUCAUUAUCAUGUCUGUUGUGGAAGUUUGUGCACAGAAAAAUAAAACGUCAAUGUAUAUUAUAAUUAAUUAUUUUUGAUUUAUUUUUCAGAAAGACAACCUAUGUAUGUUUUUAUUAUGGGUAAAGUUAUUAAGUACGGCUGCACUGCAGCCCAAAUAAGGAUUCAAAAGGCUCUUGGGUUUACGAUGAUCUAUCUUGAAUAAAAAAUAUUUUUUAAAUGA